CAUAGUUUCCCUUACCUUUUUCUCUGUGUUUGGAAACAUGGUUUUUUCCUUCGUUUCCUGCUCUUUUACUUCUUCUUCUUCUAAGAUGGCGUCCAUGGUCGCUCUGUUAUUGGUUGUGUCCUUCGCUGUUUGUUCAGCGAUGGACAUGUCGAUCAUAAGCUACGAUGAGAAACACGGAGUGACGUCCGGCUCCAGCUUGAGAAGCCAUGACGAGUUACUGGCUCUAUACGAAUCGUGGCUGGUGAAGCACGGCAAAAAUUACAACGCUUUAGGCGAAAAGGAAAUGAGGUUUGAGAUCUUCAAGGAUAAUCUCAGAUUCAUCGAUGAACACAACGCCGAGACUCGUACCUACAAGGUCGGCCUGAACAGGUUCGCCGAUCUGACAGACGAGGAAUACCGAACUAUGUAUUUGGGAACCAAAUUCGACGCUAAGCGUCGCUUAUCAAGGCCAAAGAGCGAUCGCUACGCUUUCCGCGUCGGCGAAAGUCUACCGGAUUCCGUCGAUUGGAGGGAAAAGGGUGCCGUCGUUGAUGUCAAAGAUCAAGGCAGUUGCGGGAGUUGCUGGGCUUUCUCGACGAUUGCUGCGGUGGAAGGCAUAAACAAGAUCGUGACCGGCGAUCUGAUAGCGUUGUCGGAGCAGGAGCUGGUGGACUGCGACAACUCGUACAACCAGGGAUGCAACGGAGGACUCAUGGAUUACGCCUUCGAGUUCAUCAUCAGCAAUGGUGGUAUCGAUUCCGAAGCCGAUUACCCUUACAGUGCUGCAGAUAACAGAUGCGACCAGUAUCGGAAAAAUGCCCGGGUUGUUAGCAUUGACAGCUAUGAGGAUGUUCCUGUCAACGACGAGAAGUCAUUGCAGAAGGCCGUGGCCAAUCAACCCGUCAGCGUUGCCAUUGAAGCUGGGGGCCGCGCUUUCCAACUCUAUCAAUCUGGUGUAUUCUCAGGAACAUGCCAAACAGCGCUGGAUCAUGGUGUGACUGCUGUUGGUUAUGGCACAGAUAAUGGUGUUGACUACUGGAUUGUGAAGAAUUCCUGGGGUUCUAGCUGGGGUGAGAGUGGAUACAUCAGGAUGGAGCGUAAUGUGAGAGGUGUUGCGACCGGCAAGUGUGGAAUUGCCAUGCAAGCCUCUUACCCCAUCAAGAAAGGCCAGAACCCCCCCAAUCCUGGGCCCUCUCCCCCAUCUCCAGUGAAGCCACCCACUGUUUGUGAUAAUUACUACACCUGCCAAGAAAGUAACACCUGCUGCUGUGUGUACGAGUAUGGAAACUAUUGCUUCGCUUGGGGAUGCUGCCCUCUUGAAUCUGCCACCUGCUGUGAAGACCACUACAGCUGCUGCCCAGAAGAGUACCCCGUCUGUAAUGUUGAAGCCGGGACUUGCCUAAUGAGCAAGGACAACCCAUUAGGAGUCAAGGCAUUGAAGCGCACCCCCGCUAAACCUUUCUGGAAUUAUGGGGGCACUGGACGCAAGAUGGGUACCAGUGCUUGAGAUGACUUUCAAUGAAUAGUGGAGAGGAAAUGCACAGUGUAGGGCUGCUGUACUUGCUGACUAUGGUGGAAUGUUCACCCGCAUGCUAACAUGCAUGCCAUUAUACUUCCAUCCCGGUCUAAGAAUGCAGAUGGUUGUACAGAACUUCUUUAUUUUCAGAACAGAAUUAUUGUUAGCUUCAUUUAACUCUCUGUAAAUCCAGUUUCAUUUCCCAUUGAUAAAUCA